GUCCAGCUGACCGCCCAGCCGCAUGGUUCGACAACCGUCGGGAUCGACGUUCUCAUCUCCCACGUCAUGGGCGACGCGAUCGUCGAGACCGAGCCGCUGGGCGACGUGCUGAGCGACGGCGCGCUCUCGGCGAUCGAGUCGGAGGAUUCCGGAACCGGCGACGAGGAGACCAUCUCCGUGUUCGACGCCAGUGAGGCCGACACGCCUGGCCUCAGGCCCGACGUGCUGGGGGGCUCGUCGCGGCAGCCGCGGGCGUCCACGCCGGACAGGGGGCCGAGGCCUUGCGAGAGGCUUGCAAGCUUCCUCCGCAGCCCCGCCGGCUUCCGCGAGAGGGUCGGCGCGCGCUCGGGCCCGCGCGCGAUGGAGACGCCUGCCGCUCGGCGCCGCCGGCAGAGGGCCGCGGCCGCCGCUCGCGCCGCCAGCCCCUCCGCUGCCGGCGCCGCAGCCGCGCGCGGUCUGCCGCGGGCCUCGGCGCAGGGCGGGCCCGCCGCGGCCUCCGCCGUGGCCGCUGCCGCGGACGCUGACGUGCGGGCCGCCGCGGCCCCCGGCGCCGCGGGCGCCGCGAGCGCCGUGGCCGUGGCCGCGGCCGCUGGCGCCGCGGUCGCCGACGGUGUGCCGGUGCCGUGA